GUCGGAGGCACCUGCGGAGGAGACGGAGACCGGGGACUGAAAUGUAGAGCUGGUUUCUACUUUUCCCACCGUUUUAAAAAGAUAUAUAUAUUAUAUAUAUAUAUAUAUAGAGAGAGGGCAUUCAUGAAGAGCCCCGAGUUAUUAAAAGUACUAUUAUGUCGGAGGGAGCAGCCGCAGCCCGGUGCUUGCAGUACACAGUUCGUCUAUUUAUUCCAGUCUGAAGCGGGAAUUCAGAUACAACACUUAGUAGUUAGAUAGAUUUAUCUAAUCUUUUUUUAUUAUUAUUAUUCUCGUCGUUUUGUCGCAUUUUAUAAGGUUUUUUUUUUUUUUUUUCCUUUUUGUGGAGAAAAAGAUUUUUUUAAAAGGCGAUGUAUAAUACAGUUUGGACGUCGGAGAAAGCCGGUGAGGAAGGAGACUGGCGGGACGUGAUGAUGCCGUACUCCACCGAGCUGAUAUUUUACCUGGAGAUGGACCAACCGCCAGGGAGGAGGUGAACGAUAAGCUCAGAGACAUGCCCGAUGGGACCUUCCUGGUUCGGGACGCUUCCACCAAGAUGCAGGGUGACUACACGCUCACACUGAGGAAAGGGGGCAACAACAAGCUGAUAAAGAUCUACCAUCGGGAUGGGAAGUACGGAUUCUCCGACCCCCUGACGUUCAGCUCGGUGGUGGAGCUCAUCAGCCACUACCGACACGAGUCUCUGGCUCAGUACAACACCAAGCUGGACGUCAAACUCAUGUACCCCAUCUCCCGCUUCCAGCAGGACCAGCUGGUAAAGGAGGAUAAUAUUGAUGCUGUGGGGAAGAAGCUGCAGGAAUACCACAAUCAGUACCAGGAGAAGAGCAAAGAGUACGACAGACUGUACGAAGAAUACACCAAGACGUCGCAGGAGAUCCAGAUGAAGCGGACGGCCAUCGAAGCCUUUAACGAGACCAUCAAGAUCUUCGAGGAGCAGUGCCACACGCAGGAGCGCUACAGCAAGGACUACAUCGAGCGCUUCCGCCGCGAGGGCAACGACAAGGAGAUCGAGCGGAUCAUGAUGAACUACGAGAAGCUCAAGUCUCGGCUCGGGGAGAUCCACGACAGCAAGGUGCGGCUGGAGCAGGACCUGAAGACGCAAGCCAUGGACAACCGCGAGACCGACAAGAAGAUGAACAGCUUGAAGCCCGACCUCAUACAGCUCCGCAAGAUCAGGGACCAGUAUCUAGUCUGGCUCAAUCACAAAGGAGUUCGUCAGAAACGAAUUAACGACUGGCUGGGAAUCAAGAACGAGAACACUGACGAAGGCUACUUUGUGAGCGAGGAGGACGAGAACUUGCCUCACUACGACGAGAAGAGCUGGUUCGUCGGGGACCUGAACAGGACGCAGGCGGAGGACCUGCUCCUCGGGAAGCCGGACGGAGCGUUCCUCAUCCGAGAAAGCAGCAAAAAGGGCUGCUACGCCUGCUCUGUCGUCGUCGAAGGCGAGGUGAAGCACUGUGUCAUCUACAGCACGCCACGUGGCUUCGGCUUCGCGGAGCCCUACAACCUGUACAGCAGCCUGAAGGACCUGGUGCUCCACUACCACCAGACCUCCCUGGUGCAGCACAACGACUCACUCAACGUGCGCCUCGCAUACCCCGUCUACGCACAGAUGCCCUCCGGACGCAGAUGAACCCCCUACACCCACGCCCCCCACACAUAGACAACAAACCAACCCCGCCUCUCUGAGGGGAAGGCAGAGUGAAGGAUGGGAGGAUGAGGGGAUGAGGGGAGGGGAUUGGUUGAAAUACAAAGCAACCCCAACACCAGACCCGAUAAAGAUAGAAACACUUGCUGCAACACACACGUCAGCCACCUUGGAGUUAUAUAUUUUUACAAGAACAAUUUCGGAGGGCAUUCUUUCUAAAGACUGCUUGAUUUGCACAAGGAAGUUUUAAAUGUUUGUGAAUGUGAAAAAAAAAAAAACAUGACUGAAGGAAAGGAAGGAAGGAAACGGAGUAGGAGACUUCAGAGUUUCAGGUUGACCCCGCUGCUACCUAAACUCCAGCUCAGACUUUUUACCAGAAACCCAACACCAACGACAACGAAGACGGCAACAAUACAUUCCCAUUUUAAAUCCUUUCUUUUGUUUCCCGUUAUUUUAUUUUCCACCUCAGAUGAUUCUAUUAUUGUUUCUGAAGUCGUUUUCAUGUUUCCCUCUGUUUUUACUUUGUUUGUGGUAAAUGCAAGAGGAGAUGAUGUCAAGUGUCUGUUCUCUGUCCCUCUCCGUACGAAAAGCAAAAAUAAUGUAGCAUAACGAGACAACGGACGCUUGUUGUUUUUACGAAGCGUUCCUCCAUGUAGACUGCUGCUGAAGGGUUA